AUGGGCAACAGAGGUUCUGGCUUGCCCCCAUUCGGCACUUGGAAAGGUCACCUCGAGAGCGCGUCGUCAGCUCUCGCCAGAUUGGGUUGGAUACAGAAGCAGACAUUAGUCAUUCUGGAGCAGGGCGCGUGGGUACGGGAAGAUGAGUUUUUUGACGUUUCCCUCCCUUCUUCCGUCGAUCGAGGCCAACCUGCCACAAAGCCGCCUGCCGGCAACCAGGAAGAGGAUCCACGGGGCAGUCGCUAUAGGCGCGGAAUGGCACCAGGAAGCAGAAUAUGGCGUCCGAUUGACUGUGCUUUACGCCCGACAAGGCCGAGAUUGCAUCGAAACGACGCCGAGCCGAAGGGAGCACAAGCGCACAGACACAAGUCAACAUCGCAAAGAUGGGCAUCGCAAAGACGACAAUUGGUAUGCGAUUUGACAGUUUCAUCAAGUCAGAAGACUCAGAAGACGGAGCUGGUUGGAAAUGAGCUCUUCGACAGCGAGCGUCGCGGCAACUGGCCGACAGGAGCAGGUCUUGCCGCGUGUCGUCGUCGGGGCGACCGGAGCAAAUGGUCGCCAAGGCAGCCAUACGAAGUGCCUGGUGAUGCAGGUACAGUGGACAGAUAG